AUGCGAGCCUUGACGACCAAGGUCGUUAUGCAAUUUGCCUUUGGAAGAUCCGGUGGCAUGAUCGAAGAGAACGAACACAACUUCACCUCCUGGUUUUCCGAUUCUUUAAGUGUUGCAUCUCAUGGAUCCCACACCAUGCUGUAUUACCCAUUAGCUCGUCAUAUUGGAAACUGUCUUUCAACCUCACUCAUCAACUUCAUGAAACCAGAUGUUGGCAAACUCCUCAGUCUCCUCAAGGUAUGUUGUUUUCAGUGUUACUGA